UUAUUACAAUAAUAAUUAAUAAUAUUUUUUAUGUAAUAAAUCUUUAUUAUGUUUAGUUACAAUAUUCAAUUUAAAUCAGAAAAAUAAGUAAAAUCUUCGGAGAUCUAUAUUAAACUCAUAAAUGUUAUCACUAUAUGGGUUAACAACUUCGUAUAGCCUUGCCAUUUAAUCAAAACGAAUCAAAGUAAUCUUUGCAAACGAGUGGGAAAUGAAGGAAGGGAGAGAAGAGCAAUAGCAAUUGCGCAAAUACUUCAAUGGACAAGUAUAGUCAAGUUUGAAACUCGACUGCGACUGCAAGCAAGUGAAGCAAAAGAGGCAUUCUCCUCUUAUCAUUAUUUUGUUAACCAUGUUAAAAAACCUGAUUUUUUAUUGUACUUUAAUGGGACUCGCGACAAUAUCAAAUUCGUUGUCGAUUUUAUUAAUACAGCCCGUAGCAUCAACCAGUCAUCAUGUUUGGACAAUGAGCCUAUUGAAGGGAUUACUCCGCAAUGGUCAUCACGUACACGUAGUGAGCAUCCAUGAAGCCAAUAUCAAGGGCAAACUCGCGCAGAAUAUGACGUAUGCUGUUUACGGUGAUAUAAUGAAAGAAUUGGCCGAAUCCGAUGAUUAUGAUCCAAAUGAAUGGGAAAAGAAUGGUAUAAUUUAUGGGAUAUACCAUUUAUAUAAUGUGGGGAUAACUUUUUGUGAAAAAACGAUAGCAACUAAAGAAGCAAAGGAACUUUUGGAAAUGAUAAAAAAUGUUAAGUUUGAUGUUAUAGUACAGGAUGUUACUUUAUAUCAAUGUUUAUAUGGAUUAUGGGAGGUUGCUAAAGGCAAACCGCCUAUAGUAGGCUUUAUUCCGUAUGGUCCUGCACCUUGGCUCAAGUAUUACAUCGGUGGUACCAAUUAUCCGACUGUCCGAUCUUAUGUAUCUACACCUUUUGCGAAGCCCGAAGGUCUGUGGCAGAAAACAUGGAAUACUCUUUAUUACAUCACGGACGACAUCCUUCGACAAUAUUACUAUAUGCCAAUCGCUCAACAAAUUGCUGAGCAAUACAUGGGACAUGAAAUCAAACCGUUACAUGAACUAGAAAAAAAUAUUUUCAUCUUAUUAGUCAAUACUCAUUCUGCGUUUGAACCUGGGAUCCCAUUGCCGCCAAAUGCCAUAGAGAUUGGAGGCUUGAAUAGUCAAACCAUACAAACUGAUGAGGAAACUGUAACAUAUCCCGAUAGCAUACGUGAAUUUCUUGAUGGAGCAAAGAACGGAGCUAUUAUAAUAUCGUUGGGAACGAAUGUAAAGUGGAAAUCUAUCGGACUAGAUAAAUUAAAGGCCGUUGUACAGGUUCUAUCAAAACUCAAGCAACGAAUACUUUGGAAGCUAGAUAUGGAACUGCCAUUUCAACUGCCAAAUAAUAUAAUGAUUGUGAAGUGGAUGCCCCAAAAAGAAAUUUUGACUCACAAGAAUGUAAAGGCAAUCUGGACGCACGGUGGUCUUCUCAGCACACAGGAAGCCAUCUGGCAAGGUGUGCCAAUAAUUGGCAUGCCAUUUUUUGCGGAUCAGAGAUACAACAUGGCAUUACUACUACUAAAAGGUGUUGCUGUACAGUUGGACGUUAAUACUUUAUCCACAGAGUCGGUAUUAGAUGUUUUUGAAAAAAUACUGUACAAUGAAAGUUAUACAAAAAAUAUGAAACAAUUAUCAAAUGAAUUUCGGGAUCGACCAAUCCCGCCAUUAGAUUUGGCGGUUUGGUGGAUCGAAUAUGCUGCCCGCCAUCCACAUGGGAGUUUAGGAUCCCCGCUUAAAUAUCAGAGUUGGAUGGAACAAAAUCUCAUCGAUGUCUACGCAUUCUUAUUCUUUAAUCUUAUCAUAAUAUUGAUAAUCGUAUUUUUUGUAUUUAAAAAAUUAUUUAGUUUUUGUCGUAAUCAUGUAUAUACAUCAAAAUUACAAAAGAGCAAACAAAUGUAAAUACAUUUAAUUUAAUUAAUUUUAUUUUAUUUAUUAAUUUGAUAAUUAAAAAAAAAUUGUGUAUUAAUAAUUGUGAAAUUAAGUCAAUUUAAAAAAAAAGUUAGUUAUGAAUAAAAUAUUUACUA